AUGCCCACAAAAAAGAAAAAAACAACCCAGAGAGCAGAGGAGGAUGACGAGGACUCGGAGGAUCAGGAACCAAAGCCCAGGAAGAAGAGCAAGCAGCAGAAAAGGAAGCAGCUGAAAGACAGUGAUGAAGAAGGAUAUAAUUCUGACACAUCAGGGCCUGAUGUGAGGAAGAAGGGAAGACAAAAGGUCAAGAAGAAGAAGAAGAAGAAAGCCAGAGAGGACAGUGGGGAUGACUUGAGCAGUGAGUCACAGAACACAGAUAAUGAAGAUAACAAUAAUGACUCCAAGGGUAAAAAGAGAGGAGGGAAACUCCCUGAUGUGAUCGAGACCACCAAGAGAGACUCAAAGAAGGUCCAAGACAAGAUGGGCGGCAAGGAUAAGAAAUCCAAAAAGAACACUGACAAAGAGGAAGAGCCGGCAGCCGGGGAUGAAGAGGAGGGGAAAAAGAAAAAGAAAGAAAAGAAGAAGAAAGGUUCGGUGGUGGGGGAAAGCGAUGAGGACACCAAGAAGACAAAGGGCAAGAAGAAGAAGGCUGAAAACUACGUGGAGAUCUACGAGAAUGAGCUCCGCAACUACGAGGCAGAGCAGGUGGAGAACUACGAGGAUGAAUAUCACAAGAAGAAAGUGUACGAGGUGGUGACCAUCACCGGAGACGAGAGAGGAGCCGGCACCGACGCCAACGUGUUUGUCACUCUGUUCGGAGAAUAUGGCAUCACUCCUAAAGUCCACCUGGCCAGCAACACAGAAAAGAGGAGUCGCACGGCCUUCGAAAGAGCCAAAACUGAUGUGUUCAGAAUCAGAACGCACAAUAUUGGAUCUUUGAAAAAGAUAAGGAUUGAGCACGACAACACAGGGCUGAGCGCCAGCUGGUUCCUGGACAGAGUGGUGGUGACGGACGUGAUCAGGCCCCACUUGAGGUUUUACUUUGCUUGUAACAACUGGCUGAGCAAGACAGAGGGAGACGGCCUUUACGCCAGAGACCUGCUGGGCAGCAUGGACCCCAUGGACAUGCCCAAAUAUAAUAAAUAUAUAGUGAGCGUUUUCACUGCAGACGUGAAAGGCAGUGGAACAGAUGCAGACGUCUUCAUCAAUAUCUUUGGGGAGCUCGGAGACACAGGCGAGAGGCGACUUGACAACGACAAAAAUAACUUUGAAAAAGGCACCGAGGACAAGUUCACCAUGGAGGCACCAAACCUGGGCAAAGUGAGGAAGAUCACCAUCGGCCAUAAUAACAAAGGCUCCUCAGCAGGAUGGUUUCUGGACAAGGUGGUUGUGGACGAUCUGGGAAACAAAAUAGUUUACGAGUUUCCAGUUAAUCGUUGGUUUGCCAUCGACGAGGAUGACGGGAAGAUCCAGAGGGAUAUUCUAGUCGGGGGGAACCAGCCCACAGGUAUUGUGUACAACGUCCAGAUUGUGACAGGCAACAUCCGAGGUGCUGGGACCAACUCCAAGAUCCAUAUCGUGAUGCACGGCUCCAAAGGCACGAAGAACAGCGGCAGGGUGUUUUUAGAGGGGGGGAAGUUCGAGCGGUGCCUGACGGACAUCUUUAACGUGGAGAUCGCCGCGCUCCUCAGUCCCCUCAGCAGAGUCACCAUCGGACAUGACAACGACGGAGUCAGUGCUGGGUGGUACUGCGAGAAGGUGGUGGUGUAUUGUCCAUUCACAGGGAUCGAGCAGACGUUCCCUUGCAGUAAAUGGCUGGAUGAGAAGGAGGGAGACGGGCUGAUAGAGAGAGAGCUCUAUGAGAUGGUCUCGCUCAGGCAGAAGAGACAGAAAAAGCACCCGUGGUCCUUGUGGAUCUGGACGUCGGAUAUUCCCAGCUCAGGGACGGACGCAGAAAUCUCUUUCCAGGUGUACGGACAGAAGGGCAAGUCAGACGAGAUCCGGCUGGACAAUAAAACAGACAAUUUUGAACAGGGACAGGUGGACAGGUUUAUGGUCGAGCUGCCUGAUUUGGGAAAAUUGACCAAAUUCCGUAUCUGGCAUGAGAAGAGAAAUCCUUUUGCAGGAUGGCAUCUCAGCAAGGCGACUCUGAUGAAGACACUCACAAAGGAAAAGUACACGUUUCCCUGUGAGCGUUGGCUGGACACGAAUGAGGACGAUAACGAGGUUGUGAGGGAGCUUCCUGCCACCGGAGACCGGAACUCCGAGCCUCUCCCCUUGAUAAAAUACAGAGUGACAGUUUGCACGGGGACUGUCGGCGGCAGCGGCACGGACGCGUCUGUGUUUCUCAACCUGAUCGGAGACCACGGAGACUCCGGAGAUCGUCAGCUGGUCAACUGCAAAAACAACAUCAACAAGUUUGAGAAAGGAAGCUUGGACGAGUUCAUCGUUGAGGCAGUGGCCAUUGGGCAGAUCCGCAGGGUGAGGAUUGGACAUGAUGGGAAAGGUGGAGGCUGCGGCUGGUUCCUUGACAAAGUGAUUGUAAGAGAGGAGGGCCAGGCCGAGGCCCAGGCCGCCGAGUUCCCCUGCAACAGGUGGCUGGAUCGCAAUGAGGAUGACGGACAGAUUGUUAGAGAGUUGGUGCCGUUCUCAGACGGACAGCGUCUCUACAACAUUGACUAUCACAUCGCGGUGAAGACAGGGAGCAUCCCCGGAAGCAGCUCGGACUCCAACGUGUUCGUCAAGCUCUACGGAGAGAAAGGGGACACCAGUAAGAUGAUGCUGCUGGUCUCCGCCAACAACCUGGGGAACUACUUUGAGACGGGCCGCAUUGACAUCUUCACCGUGGAAACCUUUGAUAUUGGACAGAUCAGCCGCCUGAUGAUCGGCCACACCAAUGAAGGCAUGCGAGCCGGCUGGUUCCUGGACAGUGUUCAGAUCAUGGUCCCUGUCCACGGGAGACAUUACAUGUUCCCCAGUCACCGCUGGCUCAGCAGGGACGAGGCUGACGGCAAGACAGAGGUGGAGAUUUACCCGAGCGAGAUCCUGGACAUGGAGCAAUUGAUAAACUAUGAGGUAACAGUAGUGACUGGAGAUGUGAUGUUUGCCGGCACCAACGCCCGAGUUUACCUCCAGAUCUAUGGAGACAAAGGAAAGACAGAGAUCAUCAGGCUCGAGAGCAGGUCCAACAACUAUGAGCGGAACACCACAGAAAUAUUCAAGAUGAAUGGCAAAGAUGUGGGGAAGAUCUUCAAGAUACGCAUCGGUCACGAUGGUUCGGGGAUCGGAUCCGGCUGGUUCCUGGAGUCAGUGGACGUCAAACAUUUAAUCAUGGCCCUGGUGCCCAAAGAGAAGAAAAAGGAGGACAAGAAAAAGAAGAAGAAGAAGAAGAAAGAUGAGGAUGAUGAGGAUGAGGAUGGAGGAGAGGAGAUGCAGGAAGUGGUGCUGACGUAUCGCUUCCCAUGUUCUCGCUGGCUGGCCGGGGGUGAGGAGGAUGGCGAGCUGGUGGUGGAGCUGCUGCCCGAGGAGGCCGAGGAGCUGGAAGUCAACACCUAUGAAGUGUGCGUCUUCACUGGUGACAUGCUGGGAGCUGGGACUGACGCCAACGUCUUCAUCAAUAUUUACGGAGAAAACGGAGACACCGGAGAGCGCUAUCUGAAGAACUCUGACAACCUCAACAAAUUUGAGCGCGGGCAGGAGGACGUUUUCACAGUGGCAGCCAUUGAUCUGGGUCCUCUCAAGAAGCUGCGGAUCCGCCAUGACAACACCCAUUCUUACUCCUCUUGGUACCUGGAUCGUGUCGAGAUCGUGGACACGAAGGAUGACACGACGUACUACUUCCCCUGUAACCGCUGGCUCGCUGUGGAUGAGGACGAUGGGCAGAUAGCGAGGGAGCUGGUGCCAGUGGACGAGGCCUUCAUGAGGCAGGAUGAGGAUGAGGAGGGGACAGCCGCCACCCUCGGCCUGGAGCAGAAAUCCAUGUCUACCACAUACACCAUUAAAGUCAAAACCGGAGAUAAGAAGUACGCUGGUACCGAUGCCAACGUCUAUGCCAUCCUCUUUGGAGAAAAUGACGACACAGGGGUCGUAAACUUAAAGUCUUGUAAAACCUACAAGAACAAGUUUGAACAGGGGAUGAUCAACGAGUUCACUGUGGAGGCAGUGGACCUGGGCGAUCUGGAGAAGCUUCGCGUCGGUCACGACAACUCAGGGGGUUCUCCCGGUUGGUUCUUGGACUGGGUCGAGAUCGACGCAGCCUCGCAGGGUCAGAGACUACGCUUCCCGUGUGGCCGCUGGUUGGAUAAGGGCGAGGACGAUGGGGUGAUGGUGAGGGAUCUGUAUCCCGCCGAUCUGCAGACUGAGCUCUACAUGCCGUUCGUUCCCUAUGAGAUCAAGAUCUACACCAGCGAUGUGUUUGGUGCGGGAACAGACGCUGAUGUGUUCAUGGCUUUGUACGGACCUAAAGGAGUGAGCACCCAGCAGAAACCCCUGUGUGUCAACAAGAGAGAGAGACGUCUGUACUUUGAGAGGGGAGCUGAGGACAUGUUCAUCGUAGAGUUGGAGGAUGUCGGUGAUGUUAUAGAGAAGAUCCGGAUCGGACACGACAACAGGGGCACCAACCCGGGAUGGCACCUGGACAGAGUGGAGAUCAGGCGACAGCUCAGGAAAGGAAAGGGUUCAGAGACAACCAUUUUCCCAUGUGAGUGCUGGCUGGCCAAGUCUGAAGAUGACGGGGAGACGGUGAGGGAGCUGGUCCCCUCGGACAUCAUCACGCAGAAGCUCCUCAGGGAUGGGACGCUGAAAACCACCGAGACAGAGGUGGAGGACGCUCUGGAAACUCACACGUACAAGGUGUCAGUGCGGACAGGUGAUACGCACGGAGCCGGGACUGAUGCCAACGUCUUUCUCACCAUCUACGGAGACCUGGGAGACACAGGAGAGCGCAAACUGGUCAAAUCUGAGAGCAACAAGAACAAGUUUGAGAGAGGAGCGGUGGACAAGUUCUCCAUCGAGGCUGUGGAUCUGGGGCAAGUGUUUAAGAUCCAUAUUCGUCACGACAACUCCAUGAUGGGGGCUGACUGGUACCUGGACCAGGUGGAGGUGCUGGAUUUGGAAACGGAGGAGGUGUACAUGUUCCUGUGUGAGCGCUGGCUGUCCAGAAAGAGAGAGGACAAACGCAUUGAGAGGACCUUCUUCGUCAAGGGGUAUGAAGGUGAAAGAAGCACUGAUCCAUUUUCCAAGAUGUUGGCUCAGGCCAAACUGGGGCUGGACAGAAAUGCCAACAAGAAGAAAAAGAAGAAAAAGGUGGCAGUGGUGGAAGAGGGUCCAAUCAUCCCCUAUCACUUCACCUUGUCCACGGGGAUAGACCGUGAUGCCAGCACCACAGCCAGGGUCUAUGUCAUCAUCACCGGCCCCACCGAGACUGAGACGGAGCGACUGUGGCUGGACCUGCCUGAGGGAAAGACGUCCUUCACAGUCGGCACCAUGGAGCACUUUGUGUCUUAUGGAACUGACGUGGGAGAGAUCAAGAGGGUGGAGCUCGGCCAUAACGGCGUCACACCAGAGAGCUGCUGGCUGGUGAAUGAGCUGUCGGUUGCCGUGCCAACCAAAGGUAUCAAGUACAAUUUUCCAUGUAAGUGCUGGCUGGCGAAAGACCGGGGAGACGGUCUCACUGCCAGACUGUUCAACGUGUUGGACUCCAGCACAAUCAACAUUAUCCGCAAAGUUAUUUAUUCAGCCACAGUGGUCACGGGUGACACUCAGUACGCAGGGACUGACACCAACAUUUUCCUGACUGUGUUCGGAGCCAAUGGGAGCACAGAGGAAAUGCUGCUGCCCAAAAAUGAGAUCAGGUUUGAAAGAGGCCAAGAAGACACAUUCAACCUGGAGAUCGAUGACAUCGCUCCUCUGAAGAAGAUCAGAGUUCGGAUCGAUGGCAGCGGGAGUCGCCCCGACUGGUUUCUUGACAGUAUCCUGAUGCGGAACCUGACCACAGAGGACGUGUAUCUGUUUACCUACGAGAACUGGCUGUCGAAGACCAAAGGGCCAAAGAGGACGAAGGUGUGUGAGCUGGCAGCGGUGGUGGACGAGGAGGAGAUGGUGGAGAAAACAAGCUACAUCAUCCAGGUCCAGACCAGUGAUGCCGGAUGUGCCGGCACUGAUGCCAACGUGUUUGUGAUUGUGUUUGGCGAGUACGGCGACACCGGGAUGCUGCCUCUGAAGGAGAGCACCAACAGGAACAAGUUUGAGCGUAAAAUGAAGGAUGUGUUCAGAUUCCCCGACCUGCUCAGUCUGGGCGAACUGUCCAAGGUCAGAGUGUGGCACGAUAACAAAGGCCCUUCUCCUGGUUGGCACCUCGAGUACAUUGACGUGAAAGACGAGGCCAUGGACCAGACCUUCAGGUUCCCCUGCGACCGCUGGUUGGCUAAAAACGAAGACGACGGGCAGAUAAUGAGGGAGCUGGCCUGUGCCAACAACGACUCCAUAGACCUCAGUGACAAAACCAAAUAUGAAAUUGCCACAACAACUGCGAACACAGAUGGUGCCUCCACCACGGAAAACGCCUGGAUCGUGUUGGAAGGAAGAAAAGCUCGUUCCAAGGAGUUUGUUCUCGAGAAUAAGAAAAAGAAGUUCUUAUGCGGUGCCACCGACACAUUUGAGUUCUCGUCCAAGCACGUGGGGGAGAUCGCCGGCAUCUGCAUCGGCCACAUAACGAAAGAGGGUAAAAAGGUGAAGGGUGAAGCUUUCUGGCACGUUAUGGAGGUGGUGGUGACAGAAAAGGAGCUGGGGAACAAAUAUUUCUUCCAGUGUGACGCACAAAUCCCCUUGGCGGCCAAAAAGGACAAGUUCCUGAAUUUUGAGUGUUAUAAGUCCAUCGAGAGCUUCGCGAGCAAAGUCCGCAACCUGGUUCCCGUCAAGUACGAAAUCAUCGUCAUCACCGGGGAUGUCAAAGGAGCCGGCACGGACGCCAACGUCUUCAUCACCGCCUACGGCGUCAACGGUGACUCGGGCAAGCGUCACCUGCGGCAGAAGUUCCGCAACCUUUUCGAGCGAGGGCGGACCGACCGCUUCGUUCUGGAGAUGCUGGACCUCGGGGAGCUGCUGAGGGUCAGAGUGGAGCACGACAACAGUCACUCAAACAGCAGCUGGUAUUUAGAGUGCGUGGAGGUGACCAACACGGCCAACUCCGUCACAACCAUCUUCCUGUGUGGGAAGUGGCUGGACCCUCACAAGGCCGACGGGCAGAUUCACAGAGUGCUCUACCCCAGAUACUAGCAGGACACAUGGGAUGAAGAGUGGGCGAGCGUUUCCUUUAGAGAGAGUUUGUUUUUUAAGGCAUGUCAGAUGAGCUUUGUGAGGAAUAAGAUUGAAACUAACAGAACUGAAUGUGACUCUUUUAAAGAAUAACACCUGUGUUCUUUUGUAAGUUUGUGCCAACGGUUUAGUUCGUCCCUCUACCAACCUCCGAAAAAGCCAUUUGCGACAAUCUUUUCUUGUACGUUAAAAAUAAACAGACCGGAAUAUUGCCCAAAAGAGACAAUCCAGCAAAACAAA